UAUUGUGGGUUCCGAAGUUGUCCGCGCUCUUAAGAAAUCCUAUGUACUUUUCCAUGCGUGCCGGCAAGCACGCUUCUCUGGUGUUACGAACACAUGAAUUCGUUGUGAAUUCUCACGUUUUGUUUUGUGCAUAUGGGGCCGUCUCGGUACUUCAUAACGACACCAAUAUUUUACGUCAAUUCAGGACCUCAUCUUGGUCACCAUCACACAGUCGUCUUGGCAGACGCCCUUCACAGGCUGCACAGGUUGUUGAAUCCUAAACAAGAAACAAUAUUCUCGACCGGGACGGACGAGCAUGGUCUAAAGAUCCAGCAGGCGGCGUCAAGGACAAAGCAAGAUGAACUGACAUUCUGCAAUGGAGUUUCAAAACAGUUCAAGGAUCUGUUCGACAACACCGGUAUCACGUAUACGGACUACGUUCGUACAACAGAGGAUCGACACAAGAAGUGUGUCGAGCACUUUUGGAAAACGCUGCAGGAAAAGGGGUGGAUAUACACGGGAGUAUACAAAGGCUGGUAUUCGACACAAGAUGAACUCUUCCUGUCUGAAUCGGAGGUGACGGAAGUAAAAGGUGCCGACGGCAUUGCACAAAAGGUCAGCGUUGAAUCUGGGCACCCAGUAGAAUGGAUGGAGGAGAAGAACUAUUUGUUUCGUUUGUCCCAGUCCCAAGGAGAUUUGCUGCACUGGUUGAAGUCUUCAGAAGGUUUAGUGAAGCCUGCAAAGUUUCAAAAGCUUCUUAUGCACUGGAUCGAUGCUGGCCUUCAAGACCUUUCUGUAUCCAGACAGAGCACACGAGUUCAUUGGGGAAUUCGCGUGCCCGAGGACAGUUCACAAACUAUUUACGUCUGGCUGGAUGCACUAGUCAACUACCUCACAGUUAGUGGUUACCCGGACAAAAACCAUAUGUGGCCUCCGGAUUGCCACGUUAUAGGAAAAGAUAUUCUUAAGUUUCAUGGCAUUUACUGGCCUGCCUUUCUAAUGGCAGCCGGGUUGGAGCCUCCCCGGAGCAUCUUGUGUCAUUCACACUGGACUGUGAAUGAUGAGAAGAUGUCAAAAAGCAAAGGGAACAUUGUUUGUCCUUACAAGAAAGUCGACAAGUACACAGCCGAUGGAAUUCGCUACUUUUUGCUCAAGGAGGGCGUACCACAUUCUGACGGCAAUUUUAACAACACGAAGGUACAGCGCCUGCUGAAUGCUGAGCUGGCCGACACUUUAGGGAACCUCCUCAGCAGGUGUACAGCGCCACUCGUGAACAAGCAUCAGAUAUUUCCAUCGUACGACGCGGAGUCCUUUGAAAGUUACGCUGAUGGGCAGAAAGUCCUUGAUCAGCUUCAUGACCUUGCAGACAAGGUGAAGGACAAGUACCUGGAAGGCAACAUAUACCAGGGCAUCGACGAGGUGAUGGCUGUGCUGCGGCAGACCAACGCACUCGUACAGGACGCCAAGCCCUGGGAGCUGGCAAAGAGCGACUCUGGCGAGAUGCGGCUGAAUGCUGUUCUACACGUCGCACUUGAGGUGCUUCGUGUGUCAGCCAUCGUGCUGCAGCCGAUCAUCCCUGUGCUCGCAGCCAGGAUCCUCGACAAGCUGCAGGUGCCCACCGGAGAGCGAUUCUGGGCAGAUGCCCAGUCGCCAGCUCUUGAUCCAAGGCCACUGACUACGGACCGCACUCAUGUAUUCUCUAGGCUAAAGGUGCAGUCGGCAACUGCUUAGCAUGGUCAUCCUUAGGUUCAUUUCUUCGUGCCUUCUAAGGUCUAACGUAGACUUUUCGGUAAUAUAUAUGGCAUACAUUGAAAUAAAAACUAAGCCUGUUUCCAUCUUACAACUGCACAACUUAUAUUA